AUCGAGUGGAAAAAAUAUCUAUUCAUAUUAAAUCACGUUCCCUUUUUUCAAUUACUCGUCAUCGAUGACACUAGCAUCCGAUUAAUAGCGAAUACAUCAAGACAGAGGACAAAUUCGCCAGGGUGUCCAUCGAGUUUGGAUAUCGGAAAACUUUGAGACAAAGCCUUGGUCCCGACACAGUUCUGGUGCACCUACGCGCUCGUUAAAGCGACGUACAUACCUCAGUUUCGCAGAGUCCGUCGCCGCGUUCGCAUCCCUUUGCCAAGCUUCGGGGGCCCUUCGUGUCUGGUCACCGUGACACAUCACGGGACAUCGAGCUCAAACUUAUUCAAACAUGCUCGAUCGACGAACGCUGUGACGCAUUUUCCUUUUGCCGAAUAGUGUUAUCGAUGUUAAACAUCCGAUAUGCGAUACGAAGUUUCCGAAUUUCCAUUCGUAAAACUCUUAACAAAUUGGUCGCUCGAAUACAAUAAAAUCUUCACCAUUAUCUAUUCUUAAAAAUUACGAUGAUAAAUAAUGAUUCUUUCUUGCACGAUAAAUCUAAAAAUGUAAAUAUAAAAGAUAAUAAUGAUCCCGAAUAAUAAUAAUUUCGGGUAGUGUCGACGGUCAAAGGGGUUCGAUGUUAGGUAUAAUAAUAAUAAAUGAGAGAAAGUGAUCCGGAUAUAAUCUUAAAAAGUGGCUAUAUAACGAUGAACAAGUUGCGACAAGAUCGAUUAAAAAACAUUUGGAUUUUUUGCAAAACUUUUAACAAAAUAAUUUGUGAAACAUGGAGGGAAAACAAUAUUCUCAUCUUGAAAUAUUUUCCGCCUCGAGGUUCUUAACGAUUCUUAUGCAUAUUGCAUGCGAACUGAUUCUCCCCCAGUUUCAUUUGAAUACUUCGUGAAUGGAAAAAUUACAUUAACAUUAUUCAACAAACUUUUAACAAGAAUAAUUAAAAAAAAAAAUUGUAAAUUUAAACACUCUUUUUUGUACAAAGUCGAUCAAUUUUCCUCGAAAAUUUUCCCUCCUGUUUUGUACACGCACGAAAACGGAAACAAGAAAAAAGGAACGCGUUAAAGUUUCCAAGUAGAACGAAUAUAAUGUUUCUUGGACAAUUGUAGUUGACAGAUUUACAGUGUAUUUCUCUUCCAGUAAAUUGAAACGAAUGAAAAAUCGAAGAUAUUGAAAUGAAAUAUCUAUUAAUUUCUCCGAAAUCCGCGUUAAUGUUCGAAUCACAAUAGAUCGAAUCGAUUCGAUGAUUAGAUUAAUAGACGAUUCAAAUGAUUUUUGUCCUUCCAAUCACAACAAAUAUAUGAAAUCAUUAGUAUUAUUGUCGGGAAGAUGAAAGAAUGGUCUUGAUGAUUUUGACGAAUCGAAAUAAAGAGUAGAUUGUCAAUCCAGAUGAAUUGGAAAAACGCGCAAGAUUAAUAGGAUAAUCUGUGAGUGAUUCUUUUUUGCUACGAACAUCGCUCAACCCGAGGGAAAAUCGAAGUCCAAAAAUUUUUUCGCGAUAAAAAAUUUCGAAUCGAACAUUCGUUAUAAAUUGAAAAUACGAAAAUUUAACGAAAGUUACGAUCUCGAGCAAAUUAAUGGUAAUGAUGAUUAAUUAAUAAGAUUUAAUGUUUAAUCGGAUGAUCAUCAUUUUAAAUCGUGAUGUUAUAAUGAUUUGUAUCGAUUAAAAUUUCAAUCAAAUUACAAUUUCGAGUCGAUAAACUUAAGUUUCUCUGAGAAUUGGAUCGAUAUCAUCGAUAUCUCGUUCCGAAAGAAAAACGAAAGUCGGAAUUUCCCUUUCAAUGGUAGUUUAACGUUGCAAAAGCCACGUUAAUUUGCUUGGCAAUUAGAAAUAAAAAAACGAAACUACGUCUAAUAUUUUAAUUUUAAUCACAAAAUAGCUUUUACCACUUUCUGUUCGAUUUUUAUCACAAUCUCGUAAAAAAUUAAAACUUUUUCUCUAUCAAACGGCUUAAAAAAUCGAUCGAAAGGGGAAAAAAAGGAGGGAAAUAAAACUUUUCUUUAAACGAGGUAAAACAUUUGUUGUUAUUUUUCUACUUUUCGAACGAGUUCUCGAUUUCGAUCUUUUUCGAGAAAGAACGAGACGAAAAGAGGGGUAUUCUACAAUAUUAGUUACAUAUCAGAUUUAUCGUUUACCAGCCUGUUCGAGAAAAAUCAAAUUAAAGAAGAAGGAAACAGAAUCUAAAAGAUAGAAUCGGGUAAAAGCGAACUCAUGAAUUUUUUUAUUUAUAAACCAUUCGUUACAAAAAUUUCGUUUGUUAAAUUAACAAUUGGGGAACAUUGGAACACGCGAAAAACUUUCUUCUUUCUUAUCAAAUGAUUAAAUGAUUUGCGACAUCGACCUAGAACGAGAAGGAAAAAAUGAACGUUUUUAUUCAAUAAUCUUUGCCAAUAAUUCUCCCCUUUCCCCUAAGAAUUAAAUCAUUUUAAUAGUUGGCGAUGUUGGAUCGAGUAAAACUCGAAGCAUCGACGAUUUUCGCCUUAUAGGCGAUGACGUUGGCGAAGAAAGAAAGGAAAGAAAGAAAGGGAGAAAAGACUAGAAGAAUUAUCUUUAAUGUCAUGGAAAUUGGUGGGAAAUAGGCAAAGUGAAUCAAUCUGAAGCGAUGAACUUUUUCACUCGCGAGCUUCUUCUCUCUUUUCUUCGAUCUCGUGCAUUAAAAAUUUCUCGAGAAGAGAAAACGUGGAACUUGAGAACGUUCGAAAUGAAAACUUAACGCGACAGUACACAGACUGCAUACAAAGAAAAUUGUUUGCUGAAUUUUUCUCAAGGGAGUGUUACCGAUAUCCAUGUCUACACUCGCGUAAACGCGACAAAAUUCUCUCGAACGAAAAAAAAAAAAAAGAAAAAGAAAGGAAGAUGCAUCCGUUCGAGGCAAUAAUUAUGACGUGGUUGGGAUCGAUGGUAUUCGCGUUAAUCGACGCCACCGAUUCGGACGAUUAUUUUUCGCUGGAUUACACCGAUGAAUCGGAUUACAACGCCACCAAUUGCACCAAUAUUUACUGCAUCUCGAACGAAGAGUACGUGGACCGUAUGAUGAAUUACAUAUUUCCCAAAUUUUGGGAUUGGGUGCUGAUCGCGUCGCACAGCAUCGUCUUCGUAAUCGGAUUAAUUGGAAAUGCCCUGGUCUGCAUCGCCGUUUACAGGAAUCAUACGAUGAGAACGGUGACGAAUUAUUUUAUCGUCAAUUUGGCAGUGGCCGAUUUCCUAGUUUUAUUGCUUUGCCUUCCAUUCACCGUGUUGUGGGACAUCACGGAAACCUGGUUUCUCGGUUUAACCUUGUGCAAAGCUGUGCCAUAUCUCCAGACAGUAUCGGUGACUGUGAGCAUAUUAACCCUAACUUUUAUAUCGAUAGAUCGAUGGUACGCGAUAUGCUUCCCCCUGAGGUUCAAAUCUACCACAGGAUGGGCAAAGAAUGCGAUCAUCGGAAUUUGGGCAAUAGCUCUUCUAUUUGAUAUUCCAGAUCUUGUGGUGUUGCAUACCGUCCCACCUACGCACAUCAAAAUAAAGACCAUUUUAUUCACGCAAUGUAACAUAUCCUGGAGUAAAAAGAAUCAAGUCAUCUUCAUCAUCGUCAAAUUAAUUUUCCUCUACACCGGACCUUUGAUCUUCAUGAGCGUGGCGUAUUGGCAGAUUGUAAAAGUCCUUUGGAAAAGCGACAUACCGGGGCAUAAUUUAUCGUCACGAGCAUCCCAGAUGAGCCAGAUUCCACCAUCCGGUGGCGGGAAUCCGGAAGUGCAGCUGAGAUCUCGAAAAAAAGCAGCAAAGAUGUUGGUCACGGUGGUCGUCAUUUUUGCCAUUUGCUACUUUCCCGUGCACUUACUCUCUGUUUUAAGGUAUACGAUUACAUUGCCAUCGAACAAAUGGAUAAACGCCAUCAGUUUAAUCGCGCAUGGCCUAUGCUAUUUCAAUAGUGCAGUUAAUCCUUUGAUCUACAACUUCAUGAGCGGUAAGUUCCGGCAGGAGUUUGGUCGUACAUUUCGAGAAUGCUCCCCUUCGAAUCCCUCAAACGGUCGCAGGUUGGCAAACCAGCAACCCAGCUACGCUUACAUAGCGAAUGAAUAUCGCUCUACACCGAAAAAUCGUCGUGAGCAAUUCUGACAUGCGGAAAUGCGAGUCUCUUGGAAAAGAACUUCUACUAUUACCGUGGAAGGAAGUCAGGCGAAAAACGAAUCUACCCAGGAAUGAUGUAGUUUGGAUGUUACCCUUCGCAAUUUCAAUGACGCUUAGGGGAAAUUUCGAAAGGAAUUUAGGCGUAUAUACAUUUCGCUGUACUCGAGAAAGUGAUUCUCGCAUACAACGCGGACAUGUUGCGAGCACAUCUAAUUUUCCUCGAAUAAUUAAACCUCGGACUGUGACGAUACAACGGACAACGUUUAAAAAUAAUAACAACCUUCAACGAAACACCGAAAUUAUACCUCUCAGUGCUACAACCAGCAUUCAACAAAACGAAAAACACGAUUGAUCGUAAGCAUAUAACUAUAUUAGUCAUUAUGAUUAUUAGACGCGCAAUAAGAUUCACAAAUAAUUUAUUUACAUAUAAUUUGAACUUUAAUAUUAAGAUAAUAGAUAAAUACAACAAAAAUUAUAUUCCAUUUUCGAUAAGUAACAAAAAGAACUUGAUAAUCAUAUUUAAUUUUUAAAUUUGUAAAAAAUUGUUAGAUACUUUUAAUAUCCAUUGAAAUAUGAAUUCAUUAGAUAACGAAAUACUGAGAGCUAUCUAAAAUGUACUUACAAUAUUAAGAAUUACCAGGGAGAAGCUCGACGUUUAUUCUUGUAGAGCAUGAAUUAUAACAUAGGCACAUACGAAUUUGUAAAUCAUUCGUCUAAUAGAAUGAUUGUAUUUAGAAUAAUUAUGUAUAUGUAUUCUUUUAAACGAUAGGUCGAACAUGCCGACAAAAUUAUAAUGUAAAAUAUUUAAUAAGAUUAUAUAUAUAUACUAUAUGUAUAUAUACGCUAUAUGUUAUAAAUAUGUGAUGCAAAUUUCAUAUUCUGUACAUUGUUGUUACAGUACAUCAUAUAAUCUUGAACUUAUCAUUAAUUCGUUAUAAUUAUACAUGUACGUCUUUGCCAUGUAUAGAAAUCAAUUAACCCAAAAAUCAAUUCCAUUAUUCGUAUAAAUCUCAUUUCAUUGUUGAUGAAAAUUUUAUAUAAAUUAACAUUCGAAUCGAUACGUUCGUGCAUUAUUUUGAGAAAUUUGAGAAACUCGAUAACUCAAAAAGAGGAAAAUAAAUUUAGUCAUAUAUGGAAAAAUUUCUUAUCAAUAUAUUAUCUUUCCAUUUCACCUUGCCAGUAACAAAGCAUAUUUUUAUAAGCGUAUUAAAAAAAAAAAA